AUGGGGUUUGAGGCCAGGCCAUCUCCGGCAUUCAGCCUCAAUAAUGACCAGUCCAUGCGAGGAGAAAGAGUCUAUUCUCUGAAACUCCCGAAGAAACCAAGGCUGGGCGACUCCGACAGGGCCCCUCAGAGUCCUGAGUUGGGCCGUUUGCCUGCCCCUGAAGAGUCAGAAGGCAAGGUGGGAUCCAUUCCCCCUGCAGAGCACAGUGAAGAGGAACCGAGACCGGCAGCCCCCAGCUCCCCUGAUGAAGAAACAGAAGUUCCCUCCAGGCUUCUUGGGGAGCCAGAAAAGGAUCCAACUCCCUUCCCUCUCUCCCAGAACUCAGUUGGAAAGUUUGUUCCCCAGUUUGCAAAACCCAGGAAAACAGUGACAAGAAAAGCAGAGAGGAGGGAAGAGGUCAUCGGGUGUGAAGCCUUCAACCUGGAAACACUGCAGGAGCCCAGUGCCCCUCAGGUGGGAAGCCAGCAGCUGCAUGCAUUGCCGGGGCUGGCUUUCACGGAGGAAGGAGGCCUGAAGGACCAGGCACAGGCCACUGUCACCUGCCCAGAGCAGCACAGCCAGCUCCCCCCAAAGCCUGUGCCGGGCACUGGGGCUUCUCUGCCCGUGAUGUCCCCUGACGGCUCCCCAAGCUGGGGGGCGGUGCCCUCUGCCUCAGAGAGGGCCAGCCAGGAACAUCCGUCAGAGCCAGGGACCCGUGGUGGAAACAGCAGCUUCCAAUCUGGCUUCCUAGUGGAACCACAAGGGAACGGCAGGCCUGGCACAGAGAAGGGUUUGGCUCCUGAGGGUCCUGGCCAGAAAGGGCCCCCACCCAGUAAUGAGUCUGAAGGGAAGGAGCCGCACGGAGGAGCCCCCCAGGAGGAAGGAGAAGGCAUUCCAGGUGCCCUGGGCCCUGAUCCUGCUCGGAGAUUGAGCCCUGUGUCUCAGGGCCCAGAGCCUGGGUCUGCCACCCAGGGCUGCCCCAGCCACGUGCAGACGCCCAGCAGGCCUGUUGUCAUCGUUACAAACUGGAGCACAGACCCCACAGCACUACCACCGGGGGCUCUGAAGGUGGCCAGGCUGCACCGGCAGGCCCCCAACAGCAGCCACAGUGUGGCCCUGCCCUGCUCGUUGGUGGCAGUGGGAGUCCAGGGGGAGGCAGGGCCAGAAGACAAGCCCCCUGGCGAUGCCCCAGGGCCUCCUGUGGCCGCCCGGGUUCCUGCUCAGGAGAACCAAGAGCCUACAGUAGUUGGUGGUGAUUCUGGCCCUCUCGCCACAGAAGCGGGUCCAGGUGUAGAUCUGAAACAGAUGUUAAGCCCUGGUCAGGAGGAGCCGGUGGGCGUGUGUGCGCUGCUUUCCCCAAAGCCUCUGGGUGGGAAGGCAGCCGAGCCAGGUGGUGAGAGCCGGCUAGACCCUGAGCCCCCGGGGCACAGCCUGUCCCUCCGAGCCACUAGCCCACCAGAGCAUAGGGAAGUGGUGGAUGGCCCUUCCCAGGGGCCCGAGGCCCACACUGCUCUGGACCCUGCAGACCAGGCCGUCUGGGGGUGCUCCUCACCCAUGGAACUGGACUUCCUGCCCGACAGCCAGAUACAGGAUGCUCUGGAUGCCCCCGACUUCGAAGCCCCACCUGGGCAGGCAUCUCCCAUGGGGAGCAAACCCAGCUCCUGCUGGCCUGGCACCAGCCCACCUGCCACUGGAGCCCCUGUCACCGUGGUCCAGCCAAGGACCCACGACUUGGGGAACAAGGCCUUCGAGGCCCCCAGGCUGGAGGAUGCAACAGACACCGUGUGUGGCCUCAUCAUGGAGCUCUCCAAUCUCAACCGGCUGAUCAUGAGCACCCACCGGGACCUGGAAGCUUUCAAGCGCCUCAGCUACUGGAAGGCGAAGCCGGCAGGAAAGGCCCCUGUGCCCUAUGCCCCUAAGGGAGCUGCGAAUCUCCCUCGAGGGGAGCAGCCCUGGAGGGAUGUGUAGGGCUGCUUCCACAACACUGUGUGCAGGCACAUGUGCUUCCUUUGCAGAUGGACAAGCCCAGGCUCUAAGAAGUUCCCUAUGUUCAUUCUAAACAGCUGAAAAC